AUGGCAGGAAAGACACCCGCUUCAGACUGUUCUCCUGUCAUUGACCACAGCCACGUCCCGGAGUUUGAGGUGGCUCUGUGGGUCAAGAUCACCUUGGCCUUGGUCUACAUCUGCAUCUUUGUCGCGGGCCUCUUGGGCAACAGUAUCACCAUCAAAGUCACCAGGAUCCUGCAGAAGAAAGGCUACCUGCAGAAGGAGGUCACUGACCACAUGGUGAGCCUGGCCUGCUCCGACCUGCUGGUCAUCCUGCUGGGCAUGCCCGUGGAAUUCUUCAGUGCCAUCUGGAGCCCCUUUUCCACCCCCAAUGGCAACAUUGCCUGCAAGCUCUACUACUUUCUCUUUGAGGCCUGCAGCUACGCCACGGUGCUGCACGUGGCCACGCUCAGCUUUGAGAGGUACGUGGCCAUCUGCCACCCCUUCAAGUUCAAGGCCGUGUCUGGGCCCCGCACGGUGAAGCUGCUCAUUGCCUUUGUCUGGGGCACAUCCCUCAUUGUGGCUCUGCCCCUGCUCUUUGCCAUGGGCACAGAAUAUCCCCUGGAGGCCAUCGAGGGCUACGAGAGAACGAGCUCCUGUGUCAAGCCUACUCCCAGGCACUACAUUCCUGAGCUGAAGCACAACAUGACCAUCUGCACCUGCCUCUCCUCCAGGUGGUCUCUGUUCCAAGCCAGCAUCUUCAGCGCCUUUGCUGUGUACAUCAUCGUGCUGGGCUCUGUCACCUUCAUGUGCCACAGCAUGAUGAAAGCCCUGAUGAUCCACAAGAAGGGGGCUGUGACAGUGAAGGGUGGACUGAAGCACCAGGAGCAGUACCUGAGGAAAAGUGAAAGUUCAGAGGGCAGGAGCUCCAGGAGACAGAUCACUUUAUUCCUGGGACUGAUCAUCGCCACGCUGGCGGUUUGCUGGAUGCCAAACCAGGUCAGGAGGAUCAUGGCAGCCGCCAAACCCAAGCAGGACUGGACCUACCCCUACUUCAAAGCCUACAUCACCCUCCUUCCCAUCGCCGACAUCUUCUUCUACCUCAGCUCCGUGGUGAACCCGCUGCUGUACAACAUCUCCUCGCAGCAGUUCCGCAGCGUGUUCCUGCAGGUGCUGUGCUGCCGCCUCACGCUGCAGCACGCCAACAGGGAGAGGUUCCUCAGGGCCAACCAGAGCUCUGGGGCGCGGAGCAGCCGCUCCCUGCGCCCCCUGCUCUUCACGUCCUCCAGGCACGGCUCUUCCGCCAAGGGCAACGCCAAAGUUUUCCUGAGCACCUUCCAGAAGGAGCCCACGCCCGGCUGCAGCCCACAGGAGACGGGUUCUGCACCCUCAGAUCCCAGUCCGGAAGCGACGCCCCUCGAGAGCGGCUCAGAGCCCGGUCAGGGCGCACAGAACGGCCUCCGUGAACAUCAAGUGUGA